GCAUGUCAACAGUAACUGCAUCACUGUGUUUACGUUGAGCAUUCCUUUUUGAUUUCUUCUAGAGAGAAGGGUUAUUAUUAACAUUAUUAUUAAUUAGAUUUAUAUGUGUCGCUUUUCCAUUCUUUAAUUACUAUUGUUGUUAUUAUUUGUUCUUCUGAAUUGUACGAAGGGCUGAUGUAAACAUGUCUGCGGACAAGCUAAGUAGCCAGGAGGAGAAUCUGCAGGGCUCUUGGGUGGAACUGCACUUCAGUGGAAAUGCCAAUGGCAAUGGCAGCCCUGCAGAAAAUGGAGGGCAGGAGCAGGUGCAGGCUUCCAUUCACAAUGGUGAUCUGGAAAAAAUGCUUCUAGAUGCUCAGCAUGAAUCUGGCAGAAGCAGUUCCAGAGGAAGUUCUCACAGUGACAGUCCACCAAGAUCACAGACUCCACUCCACCUGCGCAGAUGUUCAGAGGUCCCCAGUGUAGAAAAGAACAGCUUUCAGUCCGAAGAGGAUUAUCUUGAAAGAAGGAAAGAAGUAGAAAAUCUUAUGAAGAAAAAUGCUGAUUGGAUUUGGGACUGGUCAAGCCGACCAGAAAAUAUUGCACCAAAGGAAUUCCUGUUCAAACAUCCAAAACGGCCAGUGACCUUGAGUAUGAGGAACACCAGUAUUAUGAAGAAAGGAGGAAUUUUUUCUGCAGAAUUUUUGAAGGUGUUCCUUCCUUCUUUGAUUAUUUCUCACAUACUUGCUGUUGGCCUGGGGAUCUUCAUUGGGAGACGUUUAAGAACCUCCACGAGUACCUUCUAAAUGUGACCUGUUGUCAGACUUCAUUUACCACUGAGAGCUUGGCAUGCCUUCGUGUAACGCUUUGUAGACAUGGGUACAAGUGCUUCUGUGAAUUACAGAAACGUGCUUGCUGACUGCUGCACUGCUUGUGUUCCUUCGUGAAUGCUAUUUACUAAUUACUAGCCUAACAUCUGGACUCAGUUGAUGUCCAUGUGAUACAUCUUUAAUUGUGACUGUGAAUAUCAUUUUAUAUAUAUAUAUAUAUUUUUUUUUUUUAAAUAGUGAUCUCAUUUAAUAAAGUAGUGCACAUGUCAAGCACUGAGGUAUUUACAUAGUGUUCAUUGUGCUGGGUGUUGGUGACUAUAUAAGCUCUGUCAUCAGUACAACCAUUUAUGUAAUUUCUUUGAAUACAGGUGAAAAAUCAAAGGGGUGUGUGUUUGUAUGUUGCCAGAUAUGUUCAGACCUAAAAAAAAUCAAGGACAAGGGAGGACCCAAACAAGGGCAAGUAUUUAAUGUUGCAUUUAAAAAAAAAAAAAAAAAAAAAAGGUUUAUUUCUCACAAAUGAACAGUGCUGUGACUUGAAACCGUGUGAUUCAAUGUGUCUGACGAGAUGUGCAACUAAAUACUGGCUGUUAUAAUGCUUUAUUAUUUAGUUACUCAGAUUGUUGCUUUUACCAGUUUUAUAAAUAUUACUGUACCAACAGCUGGCAUGAACUUGAAUAUAGAACUAUUAAAGAACAAAAAUACUGUGAGAUACUUGGAUCCAGUGUUGAAAGUGGGAUUUCCUACAUCCAUAUCCACACAGUAGAAGAGUACAAUGUAAUGUUUGUUUGAAUGAUUUUUUCCUGCCAGAACUGGAACUUGGUGACUGCUGCCAUGUUUAUGUAUCUAUUAAAAUAUAAAAAAGUAAAAAAAAAAAAAAAAA